AAAUUUCUCAACACAAAUUCAAAAAUCUAAAAAACCUCUCUUUUACUUUUAUAAUCAUCUGGGCUUUUGAUUUCUGACCGAUGAGAGCAAAUAGAGAAUAAUGCUCUUCUCCACAGCACAAUAGCCACCAAAAGAAAAGCGAAGACGAAAGCCAUGGAGAACAACGAUAACAGCAGUUCAAGUCUCGAUUCAAGAUUCAACCAGACCCUAAAAAAUGUCCAAGGGUUGCUUAAAGGUCGUAGUAUUCCUGGUAAAAUAUUACUGACUAGGAGAACAGAUCCACCAGAGGAUCCAGGCCUACAAGAACAAUCUCCUAGUUUUGGAAGGAGCCUCUCAGAGAAUGAUGUCGGUACAAGUGAUCGAAUAGACGUGUCGAGGGGGGCUGAAGCCCGGAGUGCAAGCAAAGUAAAUAAUAAUUCAACUGCAAACAAGUUGAAACCUGUGUUGUCCAAUAUUGAGACUACGUCCAAGGAUGUUCUGAAGUCUCCCAUGGGGGCUAGAUCUACAGAUUCUACAAGAGUAAUGAAGUUCACUAAGGAGCUAUCCACAACAACAGUAAUUUUAGAGAGAUUGCGUGAGUUAGCAUGGAGUGGUGUACCACCAUAUAUGCGGCCCACCAUUUGGAGGCUUCUCUUGGGAUAUGCACCACCUAAUUCAGAUAGAAGGGAGGGGGUUUUGAGAAGGAAGCGGCUUGAGUAUCUUGAUUCUGUUGCUCAGUUUUAUGACAUUCCAGAUACUGAACGUUCAGAUGAUGAGGUCAACAUGCUUCGCCAGAUUUCUGUUGAUUGUCCGAGAACUGUACCUGAUGUCACAUUUUUCCAACAAGAACAAGUUCAGAAAUCCUUGGAGCGCAUUCUUUAUACAUGGGCAAUUCGACAUCCUGCAAGUGGAUAUGUUCAGGGAAUAAAUGAUCUUGCUACUCCUUUUCUGGUUGUUUUCUUGUCUGAACACUUACAAGGAGACAUCAAUAACUGGUCCAUAUCUGAUCUAUCUCCGGAUAAAAUCUCUGACAUCGAGGCUGAUUGUUAUUGGUGCCUGUCAAAGCUGCUAGAUGGCAUGCAAGACCACUACACUUUUGCUCAACCUGGGAUACAGAGACUUGUGUUUAAGUUGAAGGAAUUGGUCAGGAGGAUUGAUGAACCUGUUUCAAGGCACAUGGAGGAGCAUGGGCUUGAAUUUCUUCAAUUUGCUUUUCGCUGGUUCAAUUGUCUUUUAAUACGCGAGAUCCCUUUUCAUCUCGUUACCCGCCUGUGGGAUACAUACCUUGCCGAAGGAGAUGCAUUGCCAGAUUUCCUUGUGUAUAUAUAUGCCAGUUUUCUUUUGACGUGGUCAGAUAAGCUUCAGAAACUUGAUUUCCAAGAGAUGGUGAUGUUUCUUCAGCACCUUCCAACUCACAACUGGACUCACCAAGAGCUGGAGAUGGUACUUUCUAGAGCAUAUAUGUGGCAUAGCAUGUUCAACAGCUCCCCCAGCCACUUGGCCAGUUAGAGAGGAAGUAAUAUUCUCUCCCUAUUAAGUAUGAACACCCACAAUUUGAUUUGCCUGUUGGGAACUUUUUGUUUUUUAUUUUUAUUUUUUUGGAAUUUUUUUUUUUUUUGGGGUCACCGUCACUCCAAGCAAUUUGUAAUGUGCAAAAUGUAUGUUUUGUGAUUGUAGUAGAGAGAUGAUCAGCCAUGUGUGAGGGCUUCAUGUAAUAUUUUUGUACUCUCUAGCCUUUGUACAAUUUACCAUUGAAUAUUAACUGAAGAAAGAAAAAGGAAGAAUAUUUCUAUAACAAUUUGUGAUGUUG